UGCCAUCCCUGGCCACAGAGAUAUGAACCUGCUUACCUCUAACUAUUGAAAUAUUUUUUUUAGUUUGUGAAGAAGUAUGGAAAUGUUAUCAGUCUUGAUUUGGGAAUCAUGUCUUCAGUGAUCAUAAGCAGCCUGCCUUUAAUCAAAGAAGCCUUUUCUCACCUGGAUGAAAACUUUAUAAAUCGCCCUAUAUUUCCUCUACAAAAACACAUCUUUAAUGAUAAUGGAUUGAUCUUCUCCAGUGGCCAGACAUGGAAGGAGCAAAGGAGGUUUGCCCUGAUGACUCUGAGGAACUUUGGAUUGGGAAAGAAGAGCUUAGAGCAGCGAAUCCAGGAGGAGGCUCACCAUCUUGUGGAGGCCAUAGGAGAGGAGGAAGGACAGCCUUUUGAUCCUCACUUCAAGAUCAACAAUGCAGUUUCCAAUAUCAUUUGCUCCAUCACCUUUGGUGAAAGGUUUGAGUACCAUGACAGUCAGUUUCAGGAGCUGCUGAAGUUACUGGAUAAGGCCAUGUACCUGGGUACUCCCAUGAUGAUCCACCUCUACAACAUGUUCCCAUGGAUAAUCAAACAUCUCCCAGGACAACACCAAACCUUGUUGGCUACCUGGGGAAAACUGAAAUCAUAUAUUGCUGAUAUCAUUGAAAAUCACCGCGAAGACUGGAACCCUGCUGAGCCGAGAGACUUCAUUGAUGCUUUUCUCAAUGAAAUGGCAAAGUACCCAGACAAGACGACUACAAGUUUCAAUGAAGAAAACCUCAUCUGCAGCACCCUGGACCUCUUCCUUGCUGGGACAGAGACAACAUCCACGACACUGCGCUGGGCUGUGCUCUACAUGGCCCUCUACCCAGAAGUCCAAGAAAAAGUACAGGCUGAAAUUGACCAAGUGAUUGGCCAGGAGAAGCAUCCCAGCCUGGCUGACAGAGACUCUAUGCCCUACACCAAUGCUGUUGUCCAUGAAAUUCAGAGAAUGGGCAAUAUUGUCCCUCUGAAUGUUCCCAGAGAAGUGGCUGUUGAUACUACACUGGCUGGAUUCCAUCUGCCGAAAGGAUCUGUGGUUAUGACCAACUUGACUGCAUUGCAUAUGGACCCAAAAGAGUGGGCCACCCCAGAUGUGUUCAACCCAGAGCACUUUUUGGAGAAUGGACAGUUUAAGAAGAGAGACUCUUUCCUGCCAUUCUCAAUGGGAAAGCGAGCUUGCCUUGGAGAACAAUUGGCCAGGUCUGAGCUCUUUAUUUUCUUCACGGCUCUCAUGCAAAAAUUUACCUUCAAGCCGCCAACCAAUGAGAAGCUGAGUCUGAAGUUCAGAUUAGGCAUCACCAUUUCUCCAGUCAGCCACCGCAUCUGCGCUGUCCCUAGACUGUGAUGUUGGAGAAGAAAAGGAGAACAGGAAGAACUGAAGAACUCACUGAGCCACUGCCGUGAAGGGAGAGAAAGAAGGUGACUGGGAAAGCUGGAAAGAAUUAGACUAAAGUCAGUGGACCAUAUUCUGGACUACUGAGACCUCCAAAUUGGUUGAGGAUAAAUAACUUAUGUGCUCAAUGAUAAAUCUUUUCAUCUACAAGUUGCAAAGAAAAUAAUGGUUCUUCCUGUGAAAAGUGCUUGUAAAUAUGAAAUGGUGAUACACCAACAGCAUAGAAAUCAUUGUCAUGUCAUAAAAUUAUACCUUCAAUUUGCUUCCUGCUUACUUCACAAAUGUGCACUUGCUUCUAGAUGUUAAAUUGGUUCCUUUGGUAGUGGUACAGAGAUCUCUCUUCUACCUCAUAGCCCAUGGCAGCCUGCUGAGCACAGAACUUCUGAUAAACAACUCUGGAAGGUUGUGGUACGGAGCCAUUUUCCUGGCCAUAAGCGGAGUCUCCAAAACUAAAGGCAUCAGAAGGCAGUCGCCUUUUCAAGUUAAUGAUGUUCAUGCCCAAGAUGAGACCAAAGUUUACUUGUACAAAAAGCAUGCUUCUGUGCACAAAGUAAAAAGCUUGGCAUGAUUCUAAUACACUCUAAUACAGUUCAAUCCGAUAAA